AUACAAAGUUUUUUUUUUUAAAUUCUUUAACUUUCUGUUUAGUCAAUCCUUACUAGAAAUUAGUGUUCCAUUGAAUGAAAAAAGAAAAUGCUUCUUUUAGGAUUGAUUUAAGGACUCAAAUUUAAGACAUUUUAUUCAUCUAAUUAAAAUUUUUGAUGGGACACAUUUAUAUAUAUAAAAAAAAUAAUUAAUUCAUUUUCCUUUUUUGUAAUUACACAUUCCACCCAAUUUGAUGAACGGUUAAAACAUAAAGACCAAAAAUAUUGCCACUGCUAACAGAAAAUAAAAGCAUUGGACCACUAAUAAGUCACCACAUUAGGAGUAAGAAAGAAUAUACACUUGAUUAUACUUGUUACUAUUAUUGUGAUGUAAUUAACAAACUUACCAUAUUUGGGAUCAUGUUGGAGAAUAUAUUCUCAACAAAAAUGUUUUUUUUAGUGCAGACCUUCUAUGCUUAAUAAAAAUACUGAAAGACACCAUCUUUUAGAAAUAAAAUCAAGAUGGUCUUAUUUAAACCUUUUUAAUUGUUUUAGGAUAUAUAUUCGAUACAAGAGAUAACAUUGAGAACUAACUAGUAAACUAUCAUGCACACGUUCAUUCUUCUUUGGUAAAAAAAAAAAAAUCUUCUUUGUAUUUCUCAAGAAUUAAUUAAAUUCCUUGAUGAAGAAAGUGCAUGUUAUUUUGUCGAUUUGCAUGCUAAUCCUUUUAAUUAUUUUUCGUAUUUUUAUUAUCCAAGAUUACAAUGCCUUAGAUGAUCAUUUCUAUAAACAAGGAGAUCAUGUUCCUCUUUUUGCUAAUAAAAUUGGCCCUUUUCACAAUCCCAGUGAAUCAUACAGAUAUUAUGAUCUGCCAUUCUGCAUACCAGAUCAUGUGAAAUUAGAAGAAAAUAAGGAAGAUGUAGGUGAAGUUUUAAAUGGGGAUCGACUCAUGAGUGGUCCUUAUGCACUCGAUUUCUUGGUAGAUAAAGACUCGGAAAUUCUUUGUCGAAAGAAGUUAACAAAGGAUGAAGUUGCUCAGUUUCGAAGAGCAGUCGAUAAGGACUAUUACUUUGAGAUGUACUACGAUGAGUUGCCCAUAUGGGGCCUUAUCGGAAGAGUUGAGAAUAGGGAAGUGACAGAGGAUACAAAAUAUUACAGCUACUUUCUAUACAAACACAUACAUUUCGAUAUCCACUAUAAUAGGGACCGUGUUAUUGAGAUCACUGCACGAAUGGAUCCACAUUCUGUUUUGGACCUGACAGAGGAUAGGGAAGUCGAUGCUGAGUUCACAUACACUGCGAAAUGGAAGGGAACGGAUAUUCUGUUUGAGAAUCGGAUGGAUAAGUUCCUGCAGACUACUCUACCGCAUAUCCAUUGGUUCUCGAUUAUCAAUUCUUGUGUCACUGUCCUCCUUUUAACCGGCUUCCUUGCCACGAUUCUUAUGCGAGUCCUUAAGAAUGAUUUUGUCAAGUAUGCACAUGAUGAAGAAGCAGUUAACGAUCAAGAGGAGACAGGAUGGAAGUACAUACACGGUGAUGUCUUUAGGUUCCCGAAACACAAAUCAUUGUUUGCUGCAGCACUCGGUUGUGGUGCUCAGCUCUUUACAUUGACAAUUUUUAUAUUCCUGAUGGCGCUUGUCGGGGUGUUUUAUCCUUACAAUAGAGGAGCUCUAUUCACUGCCCUGCUGGUUAUAUAUGCACUCACUUCUGGCGUUGGUGGAUACACAUCAACCUCUUUCUAUUGCCAGCUUGAAGGAACUAAUUGGGUAAAGAAUCUGAUCUGGACAGGAUGUCUCUUCUUUGGGCCUCUCGCGUUAACGUUCUGCUUUCUCAAUUCUGUUGCAGUUAGUUAUAGUUCUAGUGCUGCUCUACCAUUCAAUACAAUUAUGUUAAUAGUACUUAUGUUGACAUUAGUGACAUCUCCACUGCUCGUAUUAGGCGGAAUUGCUGGCAAAAAUAGCAGAACAAAUUUCCAAGCUCCAUGUCGAACCACAAAGUAUCCCAGAGAAAUUCCAGUACUCCCUUGGUACUGUAGCACCAUCCCUCAGAUGGCAAUGACAGGGUUCUUACCAUUUAGUGCCAUCUACGUCGAGCUUUAUUACAUAUUUGAAAGUGUAUGGGGUCAAAAAAUCUACACAAUUUACAGCAUGUUGUUUAUAGUCUUUGUUCUUCUGCUGAUAGUAACCGUGUUUGUCACUGUUGCAUCGACUUAUUUCCAACUAGCCGCGGAAGAUCAUAAAUGGUGGUGGAGGUCGUUUCUCUGUGGUGGAUCAACUGGCCUAUUUAUCUACACCUAUUGCUUGUACUACUACGCGAGAUCAGGCAUGUCUGGUUUCAUGCAAACCUCGUGUUUCUUCGGAUACAUGGCUUGCAUAUGCUAUGGUUUCUUCCUCAUGUUCGGGACCAUUGGUUUCCGCGCAUCAUUGCUCUUUGUUCGUCACAUUUAUCGAUCAAUCAAGUGUGAGUAAACAACACUAUAGACUAUAUAUAGUUAAAGGUGUAUAUUUGUGUACUCCAAAUUUGGUCACUUAUACCUUAGUUUUCUUGAUAGUUAGGUUUAAGGAGAGGACUAUCUAGGUAGAAAUUAAAGUGUCACUAGGUCUAAGUAUAUGGGAAACAAAAGCUUGAUGUAUAGGUUGUUGUACACUAAGUUGUUCGGACUUUCCAUAAAUGUUAUCGCACCUAUGCUGGAUCGUUCAAAAAUACACUAUUUUUAGAGGAUUCGACACGCACCAACAGACAUCUUUGAAGAGUCUGUGGGACAUAAGUUGUAAAGAUAUACAUUAAUUUACUCUUCCCACUAAUUAAUUUGGCGAAAAAUCUUUUAUUGAUGUGAGACCAAACUAUCCGCAGAAACUGCAUUUAAAGCAUAAACAUUGAAAUUUCAAAAAUAUCCUUAGCAUAAAGUACACAUCGAUGAAGAGAUUUGAUUUCCCAUAAAUUUCCACGAUAUGAAGCAAACACGUCAAUGAAUAGGUGUCUAUAUACGUCUAGCUUGUUAUUACUAGUAUUGAUGAUUUUUGGUACCAUCUUUAGUGUUAUAAUUUACGUUAUCUUAUGGUACUUUCACUUCUUUCGUGAUGAUUAGA